UCCGGGCCUAGUGAACAUUUCACAAUUUUAGUGAGAGCUCAGCCAGGUCUAAAUUAAAUCAUCUUUGCAAGGAGGUCGGGUGUUUGACACUUCAAUCGAAUGUUUUCAAAAGCAUAGGGCUUGCGUGAGCGAAAGAAAUUACAUAUUAUCAACGAGCCGUUCUGGCUUACCUCCUAUUACAAAUCUAUGAAUGAUUGUACUCGGGAGCAUGGCUGGGGACCUUCGGAGCGUGUGGACACAAGAUUCGAUCGGAAAAUCAGGCUCUACUUGAGCAGAAAUUAGGAUUUAUUUGGAGAGUUCGCUAUUAUUCUUCGAAUGAAACAAAAGCACGGUGAAAUCAUUGGACUUCUCCUCUCCCAAGGCUUUUCUUUUAAACCUGGAUUAUGUCGAGAUAUGUCAGUGUUCCUUUUGUCUGUGCCGCAGUGGCUUUUGGUCUCCUAGGCUCCGCCAAAGGGUUAGAUGAAGGGUUGAUCGCAACGAUUGUUGAGCUCCCGUCCUUCAUCAAAGAGUACCGCCUUGACUCAAAAAGUUUGAGUACGGCAGGUAGAGCGAACGAACUCUCCAAUAUCACAUCUAUGCUUCACCUUGGCAGCUUGCCUGGAGCCUUUUUUGCCUUUUUCACCUCUGACUGGAUUGGACCACUAUGGACAAUGCGCCAAAUGUGUAUGGUUUGGAUUGUUGGCACAGUGAUAUUUAUCACAUCAGCAGGUAAUCUACCCCAGCUUAUGGCCGGUCGCUUUAUCAUGGGGCUAGGAGUCGGCCAGGCCGGUAUUAUUGGACCUGUUUACCUUGCCGAGGUGGCUCCCAAGUCCUCCCGUGGCCUUUUGGUGGGCAUUUUUGCCUCGUCAGAGUAUAUCGGUGUUGUGAUUGGAUAUUUCGCGGGCUAUGCUGCUGCACAUCACAUAUCUGAUCACAAUAACGUCCAAUGGAUCCUUCCAGAAUCUAGUCAGCUUAUGAUGGCAUGCACUUUACUCCUUUUCUCGCUUGGGUGUGUGGAGAGCCCUAGAUUUUCGGUCCAAAAAGGCCGCAAAGAACAAGCUACCCAUGAUCUGGCCCAAUUGUGGAAAAUGAACCCCAAUGACUCACUGGUCUUGGGAGAGCUGCAAAUUUUGGAAGACGAGCAAGUGACUGCACUGACUGACAGGAAAUCACACUGGACGAGACUGGAGCCAUGGAGACAGCUGUUUGGGCAGUCUGCUAAUCUAUCGCGUCUGCUUUUCUUGAUCUCUGCACAACUCCUAAGUCAGUGGUCGGGAACUAAUGCCAUUACAACUUACGCGCCCAAAUUUUUCGCCUUGCUGAGCGUGGAGGGGGAUUCGCAAAAGCUGUUAAAAACGGCAAUUUUUGGAAUCGUUAAGCUAUUGGCUGCAGUCAUAAGUGCGGUUUUCUUUAUAGACCAAGUUGGAAGAAAGCGAACCCUGUUGACCGGGGUCACGCUUCAACUCCUGGCCCUGCUCUACGUUGCAAUCUUCAUCACAAUCUGGGACGACCAGGGCAAUCCCCAGUCAGCAAAUGCAUAUCGAGCAGCUAUCGGCGCUAUUGUUUCAAUUUAUGUGACAGGGAUAGGCUAUGCUUUAGGUUGGAACUCCAUCCAGUACCUGAUCAACGCCGAAAUUCUUCCAACACCAGUCCGGACUCUUGGCGUAAGCCUCUUGAUGUGCAUUCAUUACGCUAAUAGGUUUGCUUUAAUCAAGGCUCUCCCGACAAUGAUGUUAGAGGACGCACUCCAGCCAAAGGGGACAUUCUGGUUCUUCUUUGUCGUUGCGUUUUUAGGUCUAUUAUGGGGCAUUUUAUGUUUGCCAGAAACCUCCCAAAAAGGCUUGGAAGAAACGAGCAAGAUGAUGGCUGGGAUCUCCACCAUAGAUCUCAAGGUUUUCUACCCAAAAAAAUCUCAGUCAUUCUAAAACUCUGAGUGAACUGGGUUUGUUUCACAGUUGUCAUAUUAAGCGUUGCAUUAAGUUCCCUUGUGAGAGAAGGUCAGAAAACAUUCAAACCUAAGACCAUAUAAAUAUCCGUAAUGAGACCGACAUUCAAGUUCAUAACUCAGUGAAGCAUGCAACAAGCGCGUUUCCCAUCGA